GUGCUCUGCAGGACACUGACCUGAGUUCAGCUCAAACCGCACAAAUCUGCCUGUGUGAACACUCACAGCUCUACCUGGUCAAGAUGAGGUUUGCCGAUUGCCUGUUGGUUCUGGUGUUCCUGCCAUUCCUCUCUGUUGCUAUCGGUAUAGACAUCUGCUCUGCCAAACCCAAGGACCUCUCUCUGGAGCCAUACUGUGUCUAUCGCAGCCCCGAGUUCCCUGAGGGACCAUCGCUGGAGCCUGAGGCACUCCCUAACUUCACCAAUCCCCGAGUAUGGGAACUGUCAAAGGCCAAUGGACGCUUUGCUCUGUCACUGUACAAACAGCUGGCUCUUGGCAGGAGCCCCGAGUCUAACAUCUUUAUGUCCCCCAUCAGCGUCUCCACCGCAUUCGCCAUGACCAAACUCGGAGCUUGCAAUGAAACGCUGAAGCAGAUCAUGAAGGUAUUUGAGUUUGAUACCAUCAAAGAAAAGACAUCGGAUCAGGUCCAUUUCUUCUUUGCCAAACUCAACUGCCGUCUGUACAGAAAGAAGGAUGAAACCACUGAACUAAUAUCUGCCAACCGACUGUUUGGAGACAAAUCAUUAACCUUCAACGAGACAUACCAGAACAUUAGCGAGACAGUGUAUGGAGCCAAACUGCUGCCUCUCAACUUCAAGGAGAACCCAGAGAACGCUCGGGUCACCAUCAAUAACUGGAUUUCCAACAAGACAGAGAACCGAAUACAGGACACGCUGCCAGCUGGGUCACUGGAUCGCACCACAGUCCUGGUGCUUGUGAACACCAUCUACUUUAAGGGUCAGUGGAAGAACAAGUUUGAUAAAGACCAGGUGUUCAUCACAGACUUCCACGUCAGUGAGACUCGCACCUGCUCCGUCAACAUGAUGUACCAGCAGACCAAGUUCAGGUACAAGUAUUUCCCUGAUGAUCAUGUGCAGCUGCUGGAGAUGCCAUAUCGUGGAGACGACAUCACCAUGGUGAUCAUCCUGCCAAGCAGAGGCACCACACUCAGUCAGGUGGAGGACAGUCUGGACCUGGCAAAACUGAACAGUUGGUUGGAUCAGAUGAAGGAAACAACUGUCUCUGUUGAGGUCCCUCGCUUUAAGGUGGAGCACAGCUUCAGCUUGAAGGAGAAGCUUAAGGAAAUGGGAUUGACUGACCUGUUUAGCUCUGACAAGGCCAGCCUGCCAGGUAUGCUGGAGGAUAGCAACUUUGGCCUCUACAUCUCAGAUGCCUUCCAUAAAGCUUUCCUGGAGGUGAAUGAGGAGGGCAGUGAGGCGGCAGCAGCCACCGCUGUGGUGGCCGUUGGACGCUCCUUCAAUCCGUACAGGGAGGUUUUUACAGCCGACCGGCCAUUUCUGCUGCUCAUCAGAGAGUCAACCAUCAACACGCUGCUAUUCACCGGCCGUGUGGCUGAUCCCUGCAACCAAUAAAAACCUACACAUGAAGCGAUCACUGCUUUAUUAAAAGCCGCAAAUCGUAAAAAUAUAGUAAUAAAUAUUUCAAAAUGUAAAUAUACUGCAUAACAAUUCAGCACUGUGCUGUAUGAUGUGGAGCUAAUGCAAACUUCAUUUUACAGCAUUAUACACUACACACGCACUCAAGAGUGGGGUUUUUGAUUUUUAACGUUUUAGACGUUUGUUCUGUACUUCAACUUCAUUUCAUUUAAAUCCAUCCAUCUAUCUUCUUCCGCUUAUCCGGGGCCGGGUCGCGGGGCAGCAGCCUAAGCAGAGAAGCACAGACCUCCCUCUCAUCAGCCACUUCCUGCAGCUUGUCCAGGGGAACACCAAGGCAUUCCCAGGCCAGCCCGCUGGCGUAUGGUGCCUUGGUGCUUCUCCCUCAUUUCCUAACAAGACGUCACAGCAGUUAGAUUUAUCCAAGCUUGGGACCGGCGCCGGGAAUCCACUGAGGAUGGAUUCAUGUCUCCUCUUCCCGGUCUCAAAUCUGUGAUCAGGGUGACUUUAAAAAGAUGCAGCUUUCAAAAGUGUUUCCACAGUAACUGAUUUAAGUAAAUAAAUGCAAAA